UACCUUCUGCAGUACAUUCCCAACUCGCGCUUGGCUAUUCGCUACUCACUAUGAGUCAGAGAACAAUAUAAAAACAGUCGUCAGUCCAAACGCCGACAUAUUAUUUAUCCUUCGGAGUGAUUAAAAGGCUGAUGAGCAAAAACCCGCAUUUUUUGCGGGGAAACCAACCGUCUGUAGUGCAGUUCGUUUGACAGUGCUGUGGUUAUCGAUCGUGUUUAAUUAAACAAAAUGGAGCUGGAGAUAUUGUGUUUUGUGUUUAUUGUAUCCCUAAGCCUGUCUGCACCAACCUACGACGAAAGCGGAGAAGACUACUACGAUUCACACGAAGACUACAACUCAAAAGAAUACGACCAGCGGACACCAGCAAGAGUCGUCGUCAAACAAGAAGUUUCUACAAGACCUCCGUCAAACUACGAAGUCACAGAAAACGUUGUAGACAUACCCAGCCCAAAGCCACCAGCCAAUUUCAUCAUCGCUAACUUCACAAACAGAACCCCUUUGAACAUUGUGCCAGCAAUUGCAAGGAAUAACAGCGUCCAAAAUGUCAAUAAUGUAACGCCGAAUGCUAGAAAUGAUCCAAUAAAUAACUAUAACUAUUUUGAUUUUGAUAAAAAACACAUCGACUCUUCCGAAGAGUUUGACGACGACGAUGAUGAUGAUGAAGAUUACACUCAUGAUCAUGAAGAAUUUCACGAAGGGCAUAAGUUUUUUCCCAUUCUUAGAGCGUAUCUUUAUGGGCUAAAAAAGGGGAUCGUGAAUGGUCUACAUUCCCUGGUAGGGAAAGGUAACAAAAGUGUCAAUGAACCUUAUAAUACGAAUCCGGUUUUGUUUGAGAAGCUACGUAAGAAGAAUGGGGCAAAAAACAGUAAAUAUUUUGGACAUGAAUUUGAUGAUUGUUAAAAUAAUUUAGAUAGAUCAGUAAUACCGCCAUUGUAUUAAUUAGCAUAAAUUAGAUGAACCAGCUCGUAAGAAAUCAUCCAGUUGUCGACAAGAUGAUUUUAAAAGCAUAUAAGCAACUCGAGAUGAAAGUGAAAUAGACUGGAAAUCUAAAAGUUAAGGCUCACAAGUAUUCAAGCUUUAAUACAGUUUAUUAUAAUACAUAGAACAAAAUAAUAUGACUUAUGAAGUGCGCGAAUCCAAA